AUGCCAGGGUCAAAUAGCAGGAGAAAUUUUCAUCAACAGAAGAUUUUUCCCUUUCACUAUCGACAGAGUCUUUCCGAAAAGCGAGGAUUUUCUAGAGGCGCGAAGAAUUUAAAAGGACUCAUCGACAGAGUACAGCUCACUCCCGGCGGUUCGAUUCCAGUUAGCUCGAUGACAGAUCAAAAACUGAAUUUGUUUGAGCGAGCUUUCUAUGGAAGUAAACCAGAAAACAAAAAAGUAGCUAUCGUUUUUCAUUCCGGUCAUCGACUUGCUGAUAAGGGCGAUCAGCUGACCCCAAGCUUUUGGUCCGAAAAUGCAAAUCCAGAGGACAUUCCUUUCGUCAUUUCAGUUACUCCGGAAGAGUUUUCGCCAAGCCAGCUUCUGAAGCUUUCUGAAAAUCAUUGCCUUGUUUUCCAACCGACAAAUUGGCAGCGUCUUUAUACAGUCAAAGAUAUGAUCAAGCAACGACUUUGCGAAAUAUCCUCUGCUGAAGAGCUCUACCCAGUCCUGACUCCACCACCAAAGCCAAAAGAAAUCCGCGCUGUUCGGAAAUCCGAGGCAAAGUGCUCCGACGCUUUCGAAGUUUUGGUCGACUACGACAAUCCUCAAAAAGCGAAUACUUUUCUCACAAUCGAGGACGAGCAAAAACUGAUCACAAAGGCUCUCAAAGACAUGAAUUAUGUCCGCACUGGUCAUGUGAUGGAAGGACACUCGAACCCUAAGAAGUGGAAAAAGACGGAAUUCGUCGACAAGCCGUUUUGGUAUUUCAACUCUGAUCGAAUCCUGCAAAAAUCAAAAUCGGCUUUGACAAAUGAAAGACGAGACAUUUACGAGCGCGCUUUUCGAGCAGCUGAGCUGGCGAGCUGUCCUGACUCAAAUGAUCCACCUAGCCCGCUUGUCCCAAAAAUUGCAUUCAUGUUUCACUACGCGAGAAGCGCACAAGGUCAGCCGGACCGUAGGUACUCCUACGUGAGGAAUGUUUACGCCCAGAAACCAAAAGUCAAGACGAUAGGAAUCGUUAUUAUGGAGAAGUCGCUAUACGAAUACAGAAUAAGCUUCGACAAGGACCUUCAAGCGUUUCAUUCUGCUGUUGACGGUGUUGUCAGACUUGACUCGCUAUCUCCUUCCGCCGAAAACUUGAAUCAUAUUCAAGAGGCUGUUUGCUUUAACCUCGGCGCGAGCAUUGAAGACAUCAGGAAGGACAUUUCAACGAUUGACUUGAUUAUUGGCGCUCAGGUUCCAGAAAGCAGAGUUACUCGAUCAGCAAAAGACAUCGCAAGAUUCGCCAAAAAAGUUCAAAUUGAAAACGAAAAGGAACAACGAGUCGUUCGUCUUUUCCAAAAAGAUGGAAAAUACACGGACUAUCUUUCGAUGAACAAGCUCAAAAAGGGAAUCAGCAAGGAGUUGGAAAAAGAGCCAAUUGACUUGAAUGAGGUUUUGAAAAAGGUCGAAGCUGAAGGAUUUGGAAAUACCCAGCCGGAGAAACCUGAAGAUAUGAAGUACGUCGAUGAUAGAGCGCUUCAGCCGGAUGAACUCACGAUUUUUGUACCCAACAAGAAGUUCAAUAUCAACCAUUUGCCUAUUGUUGAGUCACAAUGUUCUGAUGAUGUUCACAAAAUCAAGUCGCUUCUGGAACUGAAUGAUAUCGGAAUUCUAGAAAGUCCAGAAUCUUAUCAACACUACCUCUCAAAUCUACGUACUUGCCGCACUACAACGACAACAACAACGACUACGACGACAACGGCUCCGACUACGACGACAUCUACUUUCAAAGCAGGCAGUAAAACUCUUCAGGAUUAUUGUGAGGACAGAAAAAUCAUUCAAUGUGAUCAGAAGAAAAAGUCCGAUAAUGUCAUUUUUGUCGUGAAGUUGAACAAGGAUUUCGUGAACAUUAUUUCCGAUUCUCUUUGUUUGUUGAAACCUUCAGCCCAAAUCACCCUCGUCGGCAUAAAAGAUACCGAAAAAUACAUUCUUUUCAACAAUGACCGCGACAAUUUCUUCCAAAAUCUCCAGUAUUUUGAGCACUUGUACCCAGAUCCAGUUGAUUUUAUCUGGUCAGAAUAUUUCAACACGCUGUCGAUACUCGGCGGCUACGAGUCUUUCAAGAACGAAUUCGGUAGUUACGGUGGUUGCGGAAUAGAAAACGAUUCUGGCAUAGAUGACAGUGUUGAUCAAGAGUAUGGUUAUGGUGAGGGGCAGUACAACUAUUAUCGAAAACGUCGUAGUGUCUAUGAUGACUACGGGUCUUACGAUUCCUACGACGCCAGUUCUAGCGCAAGCGCCGAGGGUGACUCACUCAAUAUGUGCGUCGAGCAGUCCGAAAGCGAGUAUAAUCAAAUGCUUGACAAACCAAACGGAUUCCAGGUCAUUUUCCUGAUCGACGAGUCCAAGCUCGACUUGAACUGGCAGAGUUUCGAAGAUGACAUUGGAAAUCUCGACGAAAUGCUCCCCGAAGCUCCUGAGUACAGUAUCUCAAUCAUAAAAACAGCAGCGGAAGAGCCUCGCUGGACAAAAGUGAUGUCUCCUUAUGUCGAAAACUACUUCUUCUCAGAGGAUAAAAAUGCAUUUUAUGAUAAUUUGGAGAAGGUUAUUUGCAAAGAAGAUGAUUUCAAAUCGCCAGAUGUUGAUGUCGUCAAGGGUAAAAAGUGCAACGACCUGGUGGAUUUGAACUUCUAUAUCGACGCGGGAGUGGAUGUGGAUGAGAGAGUUCAUUUGGAGGAGUCGGUGAUGCAGAUUAUCGAAAGCUCUACUUUUUCAGCUAUCAGCCUGAGAUAUGUUGGAGGUGAAGAUUCUCGAGAUCUUAGCUUCAAGAAUCUGAAAACAUCCGAAGAAGUUCUACAAAAAAUCCUCUUUGCGCGAAAGAAAAUUCGAAAUUCCGCUCUUUACCAGAAUCGAGCCGCUGCGGCUUUCUCAUUUGAGUCAACCGUUAAAACAGCAAGAAUGACUUCUGAUCCGGAUUCAACGCUCAAGCCUGUUUAUUAUUUGCUAACGACACAAGAGGGUUUCCAAAAGCUGAACAGCGGAGAACGAGAAAAUACGGGAAAUGGCGAAAGAACGCUCGGAAGGUCGUCUGGCGAUGAUGUAUUUACAGUAAUCAUAGAAACGGGCGAUCGACGAAGCAGUAUUUUGAACGGACAAACAAACAACAGGGCAUAUUUUGGUAAAAUAAUGCUGAUUGUUGGGGACGAUUUCCACGACCAACUAUCGAAAAAGAUCACUGAGGAUAUUUGUCGAUCUCCUGGUGUCAAAUCUGGCUCAAACGAAGAAAUAAAGAUUACCCAGCAUACUUGCACGAUGAAAGAAGAUCUAAAUCUGAUCUUUACCAUCGACAUUUCUCAGCAAUCGACAUCUUUGUACCUGAGCCACUACACAGUUCUGAUUCAAGAAGCGCUGCGAGCCUUUGAAUUCAAAUGGGACGCAAAUAACAUUGACAACAAGCUACUUCGAAGCAGAAUUCAAAUCUAUGGACUAAGUAAGCCAAGAAGAUCGAUGAAAUUGACAAAGUUAUUCGACACUGCAAAGAUCAAUUUUGGAGUCAACGAUCCUGAUAAAACUAAACUGGAAGAUGCUUUAGAAAUAAUCAAGCUCUCAAUUCUCAAUCCUCACAUCACCGAGAGCAAAGGAACAACUCCUACAUUUGAGCAAACAAUCUCCUUCAUAAAAGAUAUCUAUGCAGAAGAAAAACGUAGAAGCCCAAGUGUCAAGAUAAUUCAUCUACAAGAUACAAGUCCAGAUAGUUAUGUGAUGCGAUCAAUCGGCUUCAACUAUUUGACGGAGACACAAAAAUUGGCGAAUGUUGCUUAUGGAGCUGCCAAAACAAUUUGA